AUGGCUCCAACAUCCCAAACUAUCCUUCCCCUCAAUGAAAAUGAUUCACAAGAAAUGGUCCUAUAUGAAGUCCUCAAUGAGGCCAACACCAUUAUAAACCCCUUCUUGCCUCCAAGAAACCAAGCGACGAUUGUGCGAAACGCUGCCCUGCGACCGGUUCAUGCCAUAGGGCAGAAGCACUACAGAGGGGUGAGGCGUCGGCCAUGGGGGAAAUACGCGGCUGAGAUUCGUGACUCAACCCGCCAUGGUGCGCGUCUAUGGCUUGGCACUUUUGAUACGGCUGAAGAGGCUGCCAUGGCUUAUGACAAAGCUGCUUUUAGAAUGAGAGGUGCCAAGGCACUCCUGAACUUCCCUGGUGAAAUAGUUGCAAGCUCGCUAAAUGGCAAUCCGGUGAACGAGUCUCCCGCUACUACUAAUCAACAAAAUCACGGGGCAGACAAUUCUCAAUACCCACCAGGCAUCAACCAGUAA